GUUUCAUCGCUUGAGAUCGAGCGAUGGCGAGCCUCGCGUCCUUUCGAUGCCCGAUCGGCCACGAGAUGAUGGUCGACCCCGUCGUCGCGAGCGAUGGCCACACGUACGAGCGCGCGCAGAUCGCUCGGUGGCUUCAGACGCACGACUCGAGUCCGAUCACCAACGGCAAACUGGCGACGAAGGCGCUCCUGCCCAACCACACGCUCAAACAAGCGAUCGCCGAGUUCCAGUCGUACGUCGCCUCGAGCCGCCGCCGCGAGCGCGAAGACGACGGACCAGCCGACCGCCCUGCGCAGGUUCCGCGCACGCAGCACACGGCGACGCGUCGAUUCGACGACGAGGCCACGACCGACGACAUGCAUUUCGACCCGAGCGGCGGCUACUACUCCUGGAACGGUGGGCUCGACCGGUACUACGGGUCGGAUUCCGAGAGCGAUUGA